UGGUAAGGCUGCAUGGGCACCAUAGCGCGCCAUGGCGUCACAAGACGGCCGGCUGACAGUUGUCGAGUGGCCGCCAGACAGCGAGCCGGUCACUAUCGUUUCCCGCGUGGAAAUCGCUUUCCCGCGCCCGCGACCGCACGUGAACGCAGUGUCCCGCCGGCCGCUCGCGUGACACCACGCCACUCCCUGGACGUUAGUCCCAGACGCCCGCCCGGCUCACACUGUCUCCUUAAACACGCGUUCCAUUUUUAAAUGAACUUUUUAAAAUUAGAGUGAAAUAUGCGUUCCAAGGCGGUCGCGAGGAGGCUGCAUUCGCAAGGUGCUGAAGCUGAAGGAGAUGCCAUAGCAAAUAAUGAUGAUAAAACAGCAGGCGACAGCCAGGAAUCGGGCAGCCCACCGCCGAGUCCGACUGACUCUGCGACAUCCGAAUCUCCGCCCACCUUAGUUCAUAUCAAACAGGAAACUAUGCCUCCCGGCGUAGAUCUUAAAGACUAUUAUAGCACGCUCGACUGUCGCUUAUCAGACACCUAUCUAUCACCAAACUUCUCAGAAUUUGGACGUGGAUAUCUACCGGGUAAUUUGGAACUACCGAGGUACGACUCCAAAUACUCGAGAGAAAAGGAGAAAGGUGCGAAAAAUUAUGAUAGUGUGGACAAUGAGUUGAAUUUACCGAUAGAACUGGUGAUAAAGAAUGGCGGAGUAUUUGCUAGAGUUAAUAUUCCAAGCGGGACGAAGUACGGACCUUUCAUUGGCAAGUGGACGACGGAAUCAGAACCUCUGGAUACAAGAUAUGCAUGGGAGGUCCUCGGCAAGAACGGCAUCCGCGGCUGGCUGGACGGCAGCUCGGAGAAGUCCAACUGGCUGAAGCUGGUCCGCUCCACCAACUACCCGCAGGACGUCAACGUCCAGCAUCUACUGCUGGCUGGACAAGUUUGGUACAAGGUGACGCGGGACAUCGUGUCCGGGCAGGAACUCCUCCUCGGCCCCCGGACCCCUCUGCCGCUGCAAGAUGUGCAAGCAGCUGCUGGUCGACAAACGUCCAGCGUUAACUCGCCAGGCGUGUCCUUGCAAAACGAAGACGAAGAGAGAGAGGAUACCGAACCACGUUGCUCCUUCUGUGACGCACCGUUCCCUAAUAUUGACGCUCUCGACCGUCACUUGAUCCAGUCUCACGCGCAGCCGGCAGCGGCGUUCCACUGCGAGCUGUGUAACCGCGCGUACAGCUCCCGCCCGCUGCUGCUGCGGCACCGCGCGCUCGCGCACACCGACAUCAGGAAAUACCCCUGCGAGAACUGCCCUAAGGUAUUUACCGAUCCUUCCAACCUCCAGCGCCACAUCCGCGCGCAGCACGUCGGCGCGCGCAGCCACGCGUGCCCCGAGUGCGGCAAGACCUUCGCCACAUCCUCAGGCCUCAAGCAGCACACGCACAUACACUCCAGCGUCAAGCCCUUCCAGUGCAAGGUGUGCUUUAAGUCUUACACACAGUUUUCCAACUUGUGCAGACACAAGCGGAUGCACGUCGCCUGCAGGGCCCUAGUCGAGUGCGGGAAAUGUGGCAACUCCUUCAACUCUUACGCUUCUCUUACUAAACACAAGAGAUUCUGUGACACUGCCAGCGCCGCCAACGUUGGAAUGAGAGGGCAAAUGCCGCAAGGACUGCCCCAAAUGCCAUCCCUCCCCAAUAUCGGAAUGAAUACGUCUGGCAACCCUAAUCCUUUCCCUAUGUACAGACCGACUUUACCGCUUCCAUAUAACACCUUUGCCCAGUAUCCUGGGCUGUUCUCUGCGGCAGCCGCUGCUGCAUGCCCUCCAGAGUUUUUAAACCCACUGCUCUUCAAUGUUCAAGGCGCAAGACUUGCCAUGGAACAUGACUUUGCUCUAACAAACGCUAGUUUAUUGUCGAAGCACCAAGAAGGUCGAAGCAUGUCUGUCAAAAGUGUGGAUAGCUCAAAUUCACUUGAUGAUAUAAUGAAGAAGAAUAAGGAUUUGGACUAUGAAUCCAUUAAGCGCGAAAGCGAUACAGGUGAUCGAACCACGCCGAAUAAAGCGCAUGGAUUAACUGUAAAACAAUCGCCUCCUUCAGUCGAGGAAGUCCCAACCCAACAACGCCCGUCACCUGUGUUGAGCAUGUCAACGCCUAUGAAUCCAUUCAAUUUUGCUAGAGAUGACAUGAAACAUCGGAAAUCACCAUUCAAUUUUUCACUGAAGCUCAAUAACAACACCAUUCAAGGAAACAAGUCUCGCUCUCCGUUUCCAACAGACUUGUCUAAAAAUGAUACAAAUGAUGAUGAAAAGAAUUCAGAAUACUCUGAUUCAGAAGUAGAAGUGAAGAAGGACGACGGCGACCAGCCUCUGGAUUUGUCAGUUUCCCGGAAGCAAAGCGACAAAGACUCCGAAGCCGAUCUGGAUGAUCGUUCCUUUCGUAACUCAUCUGUCAAAUCAUAUUCUCCUCCCGAAAGUCCAAUGGAGCGCGAUAGCAAAACUCCCGAAAACGACACAGCAGAUAUCGAUGUGGAGGGAGUAGAGCCCAAACGCGAAGAUACGCCCCCGCAACUGGUAUCGCCGCCACUAGCAUUUCCGAUGCCCGUGCACCCACAGCACAACAACAGCCUCAUAGACGCCAUGUAUCGCCCCAGAUUUCCGUCCUUCCAUUCAGCAUCCGACUCGAUUCUGAAUUCUUCACCCUACGUUCCGACCCCGUUUAAUUUUUUAUCCCCACUCCUUGGUACGGAUGGCCCCGAUAGGCAACAGAGCGCGUAUGCAAAAUUUCGUGAACUCAGCGCCGGGUCAGGGAAGCUUCGCGAUCGCUACGCUUGCAAGUUUUGCGGGAAGGUAUUUCCACGCAGCGCGAAUCUGACGCGCCACCUUCGUACCCACACUGGGGAGCAGCCAUACAAGUGUAAGUACUGCGAGCGUUCUUUCUCAAUUUCAUCUAACCUACAGCGACACGUGAGGAACAUACACAACAAAGAGAGACCGUUCAGAUGUCCACUGUGCGAUAGGUGUUUCGGACAGCAAACGAAUUUGGACCGGCACCUGAAGAAGCAUGAAGCCGAGGGCGGAGACUCCCCGAGCUCUGCUGAUACGGAACGCGAGGAUGCGUACUUCGAUGACAUCCGAUCGUUCAUGGGCAAGGUGACAUGCUCGCCGGGAGCGCGCUCGCCGCCUGCUUCAUCCCCUCACGCGCCGCACGCGCCGCACCGCCCUUCCGUGCUCGCCAUUUCCACAUAGCCACCGGCAUACCCGCUACCGCCUCCGCCGCCGCUGUGGCCGCAGCCGUUCGAAUAGCCUCGAGAACUGCUUGUAUGCCGCCUGUUCGAGUCGAGCUCACAGGCGAGGCUCGAGACGAGCGGGUGUUCGACUACGUAGCUAUUGACGUCUCUCUAUAGACCACUGAAAACGACAAAAAGCUGUAUUAGUAAUUCAUUUUAAGACAAUUAUCGUAAUGAUGCCUGAAACUCAUCCGCAUGUAAUUUUUAUAUGAAUUCGUUUCAGGGAAUAGCUUGUUUGUAUUCGUAAAAGAAGUUUUUUUUGUCUAUUUUGUUACUUAUUUAAAGCUACACGGUGUAUGUCAAAUUCAAUUUCUUCUUUUGCGUCAACUUACUAGAAAACUGGUAUCAUUCGAGUAGUUAGUUAAAUACUUAUUAUCAUGACAACAUAAUUAGCCAGUGAGAGCGUUCGAGUUCUUCUCUUUAACAUAGAGUUAUAUCGUUUUACGCGCUAAAAUAAUUGUUCCUAGUUUAAUCUUGUGAUUUAAGAUUGAAUUAAAUAGUGUACUUUAUGAACUGUAUAUAUUUUUCCACAGCCGAUUUAUAGAUUAAGUAUAUGCAUAUUAUUAUGAACGUAGUUUGUUGAUAAUGUGUAAAGUAUAAGUUAAUGUGUAAAAAUAUAUAUGACUUUAUUUGAUGUAUUCGUUUGCACGUCGCUCAUAAGUAAAAAUUUAAUUACUUUUUUAGUGAUAUCAUUUUGUAAUUACUAAACUAAAGAGGGUGAAAUUAUUCGGUCAGACUCGCAUCGUAUUUCUCUUUUAGUCAAGAACCUACCAAAGCAUUUGUAAUUAUAGACAAAAUUGUUUACUAAUCGGUUUAUAGAAAGGGAUAGAUAACUUAAUAUAAAAAUUGGCACUAUAAAAUGAUGCUUAGAUUAUUGUUAUAUUAUUAAGUAGAUACGUGAAUUGCAGAUCCCUUAAAAUAUUUUGUUAAAUUGUUAUUUACACCGUUAUUGUACAUACAAGAUUGAAGGCAGAUCACACGUUGACCGUAGGCAGUCCAGAUAUUACGCUCUUGUAAUUAUUUCCUGCAAAAUCUAGAGUUAUAGAACUUUUAAAAUAAUUGUUAGCUUUUAAAUCAGCCACUACUAUUUAAUUAAGAGUCAUUCAAGUUAAUCACAAAUGAACGUCACUCGCAGUAUAUUUAUUUUGUAUGUACUUGUUAUCCUAUAUUUUUUAAAUAAUUAUCUGAUGUUAAUUUCUUUUCUCCCCAAUAUAUGUUCUUCCUGAACCGUAGCGUAGGUCUGUAUCUAGAAAUACGUCUAUGAAUUGUCUUCUAGUGUGAGUUCAAAUGCAGGUUAAAGUAAAUAUACUGUGAGGUACUAUCACAUCUACUGAAUUUGUAGAUAGAUAUAAAAUGUAAAAUUGUUUAGGUACAUAGUAAAUUAGAGUUUUUGAUGCUUAGCGCAUCAUAAAAUGCAAUUAUCACUUGCAUUUCUAAAAGCAAUGAAAUACUUAUAAAGUAGAUAGUUGUUUGUAUUCAAUAGUACUAUUUUAGUACUAUAAUCAUAUCACUUCGAUGCACUAGUUAUAUUUUAAGGUUUUAGCGUCACAAACAAUACCUAAUUAUUAUCUAUCUUCUAAGACACUUGUACCUAAAUUAUUUAAUUUCAAGUUCGUUUACACGCAGAACGUGAUUAUUGUAUCUCAUUGAAAAAUAAAACAGUACAACGUA